AUGCCAUAUGGGGAAGGUAGCGGGUCUGACCCUGCAGAUCCAGAUUAUAUCGAAUAUCAAGGUGCUGCUGAAGAUGCUGCUGAUCCUGUUGAGCUUAGUGACAGUGUUUACGACGGGGACCUCUCAGGUGAUCUUACCGAUGACGAGCACCAAGAUUCUGAGCUUAGUGAGCGUCUUGAACAAGAAAUUUCGGAUUAUUUUUCGCGGAAUACAAUGAACAGGCAGCACAUUUUUGAGGCUUUUAGAAUUUACGAGUCCAUUUUGCUUGAGCAUCAUGGUAGAAGCACUAGCCGGGAAACUAGGGCGACAGGGUCCAGAGAGCAAGUAGAUGGAUUCUCGGAUAUUUUCAUGAGUUCUUUGGGACAUUUCAUCAAUCCAGAAAUCAACCUUGGAACUAGAGAUCAGGCUAUCGACAACCUUUUGAUUCCAGCACCUGCUGAUGAGACGCAAGCAGAAUCGGAAGUAUGCCCCAUCUGCAAUGAAAUAUUCGACGCUACAACGGAGGAUGGUAAGAGUCUUGCCAACCAUGAAGCUUACAUGUUGCCCGACUGUAAGCAUAUUUUCGGGAGGAAAUGUAUCGACAAAUGGCUCAAGGGAGAGGAAAAGAACACUUGUCCAAUGUGCCGCGCCAAGGUCGAACUUCCUUCUUCCCACGCUUCAAAUACUUUUUCUGCGCUAGGGGACCUAACGGCUGGCGUGGAUCGGUAA